AUGAUUUUUUAUGAUUAUUUUGAUUGUACAAUUUCAAUUCAUCCAAACUCCUCCAAGUUUCUUCCUCCGAAGAAAAGGAUAAAGAGAGGAAAAGAGCUGGAACGGCAAAAUAACUCUUCUCCUGUCCUUUCAUUCUGUUUCCGGAAAACAGGAUCUGAGUGGGGCCCGCAAUCUCAGCCAGCUGUCAAUCCCUCUCCAGGAAUCACCUGCGAUAGGUCCCACAAAUCAUACGACUUCUGCACAAUCGACGGGCCCACGGUCCUCGAUCCCGCCACCUCCACAUUCCACGCCACCGGCCCAUCAGCCGUCCACAGAAUCAAGCCUUACCCAAGAAAAGCAGAGGCCCACACAAUGAAGCGGAUCCGAGAACUGACCCUGCAGUCCGGCCCAACAAGCCCACAGUGCCAGAUCCAGCACGGCGGCCUCCCUGCCGUCGUGUUCAGCGCCGGAGGGUACACCGGGAACUUCUUCCACGAUUUCAGCGAAGGAUUCAUCCCUCUCUUCGUCACCGUCAACGCCCUCUUCCCCUCCGACCGCGACAUCGUCCUCGUCGUCUCCGAAGCUGGCGAUUGGUGGAUCAGGAAAUACGCCGACCUGCUCCGCUCCUUCACCAAGCACCCAAUCGUCGUGAUUGGAAACGGCACGGCGGCGGCGGAGACGCAUUGCUUCGGAUCCGCUACCGUCGGGCUGAUCUACCACGGGAUGGCCACCGUGAACCCCAAUCUGAUGCCGGGAGGCCAAAACCUCACUCAAUUUCGCCUCCUCCUACAAGAAACCUACGGCGGAGGCGGACGGACUGGGAUUCAAAAUUGGGCGGAAUCAGGGCGGCGGCGGCCGAGGCUGGUGCUGGUGGCGCGGCCGAUGGGAAUCGGCCGGGGAUUGCUCAACGAGCAAGAAGUGAGGGCGGCGGCGGAGAAGGUUGGGUUCGAGGUGGUUCGAUUCUUGCCUAGGGGAAACACGACGCUGAGGGAGGCUUUUGCGGUGAUGGAUUCGGCCGACGCGAUGGUCGGGGUGCACGGCGCGGCGAUGACCCACCUGCUGUUUCUGCGGCCGGGGGCGGCGUUCCUGCAGGUUGUGCCGCUCGGGACGGAGUGGGCGGCGGAGGUGUGCUACGGGGGGCCGGCGAAGGCGAUGGGGCUGGAGUACGUGGAGUACCGGAUCACGGUGGCGGAGAGCAGCCUGGCGGCGAAGUUUGAUCCGGAGAGCUUGGUGCUGAAGGAUCCGCCGGCGUACCGGGGGAAGGAUUGGUCGAAGAUGUGGGUGUACCUGAGGGAGCAAAAUGUUCGGAUUGAUUUGGUUAGGUUUAGGGAGUAUUUGGAGACAGUAUAUGAGAAGGCUGAGAAGUUUAUGAGGAAGAAUGGGUAA